AGCCAACAAUAACGAUAUAUAAACACAUCCAAUCAUCCACCCAGUAUUAGUCGAACUAAACAAAUACAAACAUGCUCAAGUACUUCGCCAUUUUCGCUAUUAUUCUGAUCACCACUCAAGUUUACGGUGGCAAACUUUUGGACGACCAACGUGCAGAUGAAACUGGACCCUUCACUAAAGCUGACUGCACCAAGAAAGCUGAACAGGAACCAGUUGUUUGCCGUGGAAGUUUGGUUGCCUUCACUUGGGACGACAGUAAAAAGGAGUGUGUGCAAACCAGGUGGAGUGGUUGCUACAAAACCAGGAACAACUUCCAAACGUUGGACGCUUGCAAAAAGACUGCUGCCAUUUGUAAAUACUAAAUGUUUGAGAUUUGAAUAAACGCUCGUUUAAUUUAAUAA